GUUUUACAGAAAAGGUUCGCGUCUCUUGCUAAGUGCAAAGCAGCCUCGAAGUUACUUCUUGCACAGUUGGUACUUCUGAUAAAAAUUACGGACAGUGUCCUUUAAAUUGAAGAGAUCCAAAAUGGCAAGCGUUAAUAUGAACCCAGAGAAAAUCUUUCCCCUAAUCGAGUGCAUCAACACAUUUCUUUGCGGCCUGAUGACAGGGAUAGCAGUGUAUGUUGUUGCCGUGGAGCAGCCGUCACGAAUGAGCAUGAAGGACCCUGUUGCCAUCCACCGGCAGUGGCUGACAAGUUUCCACCGAUGUGCGCGCCUGAUGAUGGGUCUAUCCGUGUUCCCCCAGGUCUCAGGCGUUGUGGCUUAUUAUAUGGACCGUACCCGAGGCCUUCCGUGGCUUAUUGUUGCUGGCUUGCUUCUGUUUAACAUGCCGUACACCUUGCUGGUUCUGAAGCCAUACUUCAUUGAUCCCAUACUAGAUGAGAACACAUGUUCCAAGAAGGAUCACGAGUACGUAGUGGAUAAGGUGGUGAAGUGGAGCAGAGCUCACUUAGUUCGCGUUUUGAUCAACGUUAUCGCCUUCGAUGUGUGCAUUUAUACUAUUGUUUACUAACUUCACGCGAUCGACUUUUGAUCUCACGGCAGACGGUCAUCUCUCAUAUAGCAAGUUUCACGCUUUCUGGCAGCAUCGCAUUUUCGGUCGGUAUUUCGGUUAAUUCAGCUCUCAACAGGCGCGCAUGUAUACAACACUGUACAAUGCUCGCAAGCUAAGCGUAGCGAAAUAAUUUGGACUCAGUUAAAGUCAAGUGUCAUAGAACUUGAAGUGUUUAUUGUCCAUUUGGACAGACAUCAUGUAUUUGUGUACUGAAGCAAGUAGAAGCAGCGAAAUGAAGUGAAGUGCCUGUUUUGUUACUACGCAGGUGCAUGUAUUAGUUUAUUGUGAUUAUGUAACAUUUAAGAAAUAAAACGGUUAUUUUAUGUUCA